AUGAAAGAAACUACUGCUUUAAGAGAUGGUUUGUUGAUCUUCGUGAUUCUUCUAUCUUUAACGCUUGUAUCCAUGGCGGUUUUUACUUGCUCCAAAGAGAAGAAAAAGAAGAAAGAUUCCGGUUGCAUUGGUGGCUGCGGUUGUGGCGAUGGAGGCGGUUGUGGUGGUGGUGGAGAAGCAAGGGAAAAGGUUGAAAGCUCUUCCACUUCACGCACUAAAGUCAGCAAAAACUUUGGUGAGCUCUUGGCUAGUGAUGAUAAUACAUGGAAAUCUUCUUUCGAGGCUCCUGUGGCAGAGAAAACACUGUAUGUAGAUACUGUGCAUUCAGUAGACAAGAAGGUACAAGAAGAGUCCAUGGAGCAAUCUUUACUUACAGAAGAAGUGCAGAACUUGAUUGGACCGGGCGAAGAAGCUAUCUCGCAGCCUAAAACCACCCAAAGUGUCAUAAGAGAUGAGGGUUUCACUGAAGAAUGUACUGAUCAAGCUAUUGUUGCACUGCCAGAAUCCAAUGUGGUAGUGGUGGUUACAAAGGAGAAGAUUGAUCUUGAAGCCAAGUUGCAGAGAAACACAAGGAAUCUUGAAAGUAGCAGGCUUCACUAUCGUUCAACUUAUCAUUUUGUUCCACCACCACCGUUACCAAAAGCUCCUUCAGAUUCCUGGUUAAAGCGUACACUGCCAACAAUCCCACCAAAGAACAGAGAUUUUGAAAGGCUUGGCUUAUAUCCAUACAGCUCCUGGUGUCUGCCACAGGGAUUUGAACCACAAAAUCUUUUGGUUGAUCCUCUCACUCAUCAGUGUAAGCUGUGUGAUUUUGGAAGUGCAAAAAUAUUGGUGAAAGGUGAAGCAAACAUAUCAUAUAUAUGCUCUCGUUAUUACCGAGCUCCAGAGCUUAUCUUUGGGGCCACAGAGUAUACAUCCUCCAUAGACAUAUGGUCUGCUGGUUGUGUUUUGGCAGAGCUUCUCCUUGGCCAGCCGUUGUUCCCGGGAGAAAACUCUGUGGACCAGCUAGUGGAGAUCAUCAAGGUUCUUGGUACUCCAACUCGAGAAGAGAUCAGAUGCAUGAAUCCAAACUACACAGACUUCAGAUUCCCACAGAUCAAAGCUCAUCCUUGGCAUAAGGUUUUCCAUAAGCGGAUGCCUCCAGAAGCCAUUGACCUCGCAUCUCGGCUUCUUCAGUAUUCACCGAGCCUACGUUGCACUGCGCUGGAAGCAUGUGCACAUCCACUUUUCAAUGAACUACGAGAGCCCAAUGCACGUCUUCCAAACGGCCGACCUCUACCACCAUUGUUCAACUUCAAACAAUGAUUAAUCACAACAAAAGAGGGUGUAAUGUAGCUAACUUUCCUUAAACCUACCGUAACUGAAUGUAUGUUAUCUUACUAUUUGAAUGUUCCAAAACAGUUAUCAGGAGCUUCACCAGAGCUUAUAAACAGGCUAAUACCUGAGCACGUUAGGCGGCAGAUGAUUUGAGGCUUUCCAUUACAAGCUGGUCACUAGAAAAAAGGAUUUUGAAACUGAGAUGUUAUUAUUCACUUUUGACUGGCAGAGACACCUUUUUCUAGUGUGUAAUUUGUUCAUGGUCUCGCACGCAGUACAAGAAAACAACCGUCGUUUGUCGUUCAUAUGGAUGCAGAGCUACCGGAGUGGUUCGCAGAGUAGUCUGCUUUGUUUGCUGAUAAAAAAAAAAAAUUGUUCAUGGUUAUGUCCGUAAGACAGAACCGCAUAGUGAUGGAAGAAAUGAAUGAUAAUGUCUAAAACUUUAAGCGUUAUUGAUUAUAAGGUAGGAGCUUA